AUGAUGGCCGCUGAAGUUCAGAACACACCCCAUGCGCAUCUUGACAUGGGAACAAAGCUACAUGGCUUGCAGCCACAAGCGUGCUUCGGCACAACAAUUGUGCCUGACACUGCAAGGAAGAGACAGAACAAGGUGGUCAAGAGAAGUUUGCAGAGGGCCUAUCGGCGCUCCCAACAACAAGGGAUGGCAUGGUACAAAGGCAAGCUUUUUUGCACUGCUGAUUUUGAGCGUAUGGGCUGUGCCGUUCCCUUACAACGUGCUCAACCAGUCACUCAUGGUCAAUGGAACACUGACCUUCACAGAUGCAACCAACACCAUGCCAGUAAGCGCCGCCUAUCAGUCUGGCAAUGGAACUGCAGUGGACUCUCCACACCGAAAUUGGAUGAGGUGAAGGCAUGGCUUACAUUGAAUCAGAUUGACAUAGCUGCUCUGGUCGAGACUAGAUGGGCAUAUGAUGCUCAAUGGACCGAUGGGCACUGGAACAUGAUUCAUUCAGGAGAAGGUGAACCACGUGGAAAAGGCAUCUUACUCCUGAUUUCCACAAGAGUGUGCGCGGCGUCACAGAUUCAAUGGCAGCUCCAUGACAGUGGCAGGAUGGUACAUGUGAGGCUGAAUCUUCAGCCACGUAGCCUGGACUUGCUGGUGUGCUACCAGCACACUUUUCAGCCCACGGCUUCCUGCAGACAGGCUAGGGCCAAAUGGUGGACUCUUUUGGAAACUGUGCUGACAGGUCUCCCUAGCCGCAAUGGAUUGAUCCUCUUUGGAGAUUUCAAUUGCUCUCUGGGAGCAUCCGGACAGAACAUUGGAACAGGUUCAUUUCGAUGGCGUGGGAGUCUUUGCACUGGGCUGAUUCACCCGGAUGCGGCACGUUUUCAACAAAUAUUGAGGCACUUUGCCCUCAAUGUUCUCAAUAGCUGGAGCGCGGCCUUGGGUCCAACAUUUGUGCAUGGGAGCCAGGCAAGCAGACUGGACUACUUCUGCGUGCGGCAACCGUACGCUGAUGGCACUGCUCGACAGGUGCGAUAUCUAUGGGACUCUCCCUUCCUUCAUCAAACUGAGUUUGGACACGUCCCCAUGAUGUGCACUCUGGCAAAGCAUUGGAUCCCCAGUUUUUCACAGCAUAAGAUUCAACGGGUAACGCUGCAACAGAGACAGGUCAGCAGGCAAUCCUAUUUGGCACAGGACUCUGACUGGCUGAGUUUUGUUGACUGUACACAGACCCAGAUUGCGGCGCACUUUGCUUGUGCUGACCUCCCAGCUGAUGAAUUCAUGGAGACCUUGCAUCGAGAUGUGCUACAACAGUUUUGUGAGCAUUUUCCAGCUGGCAAGCACAAGCGCAGCCCUGCGGCUUGGCAAACUGCUCUUCCCACUUUGCUCAACAAGUGGGACCAUCGUAGAUGCAUGCAGAGGCUAGGCCUGGGAACGUUGCCAAACAUCUUUAAGGGAUGGUACCAUGCCACUAAAUAUUGUUUGCUUCGACGGGCUCACAAAAAAUUGGCCUUCCAAAUCCGUAAGAAUUUGUUUUAUGAUGUUGUUGCACAGGCUGAAGCCGCAGCACGGAGGCAUGACACUCACAAACUCUUCCAGUUAAUCAAUAGAUAUGCCCCCAAACAACCCAAAAAGCAAAUUCAGUUGCGCACAGAUGAUGGCCAUAUGGCCAGCCCGGUGGAAAGUGCAGCCAUGUUGAACCAGUUUGUCGCCAGCACCUGGGCUGGACCUGACUGCCUGAAUUUGCACUUUGAUAGCGCCCCAGGCGUGCCAUUCACGGUGCAGCAGCUUGAGCGGGCACUGAGUCAGAUUCCACCGAGUAAAGCGGUGGCAAAGCCAUUUUCCCCUGGCAUGGUUUGGCGCCAGCAUGCAUCCUUUUUGGCUCCAUUACUCCAUGCAAAACUGACUGAUUGGUGGGCCUCUAAUCCCCCCAAGAUACCCGAUUCAUGGCGACAUGGUUGGCUUUUCUUAAUCCCGAAACCUUCCAAGCCUCCGGUUUCCCCCCAAAAUUUGAGGCCAUUGGCACUCCAGGAACCGGUAGGUAAGGCUGUCAUAGGGUUUUUGAUUCAACUUGCCAUGAAGGAGGUGUACCACCAUAUGAUUCUGUUUCCCAUUUGGGGUUUCAUGGAACAUCGGUCAUCCCUGGAUGCAAUUCGAAGAGUCAGCCUACACUGCGCUGAUGUGCGACAAUUACUGGGCCUGCACCGAUCCACCCCGCAUCAUAGAGCAUCUGGAGCAACGCGACAUCAGCUGUAUGGGGGGCUUCAAAUUUUUUUGGACCUUCAACGUGCUUUUGACAGUGUACAUCGAGGCAAACUUUUUAGUAGACUCCAAAAUCUGCCCAUUAGCCAGUCCUUGAUUCAGUUGCUGAUGGCGUGGCAUGAAAACACGGUGUACUUUGUCCAACAUGAUCAGGUGGAUAGUUCGGUGGCAAUUGGCCGUGGCGUGCGCCAAGGCUGCAAGGCAGCUCCAGGACUGUUUAACCUUUUUGUUCUCCUUUUUCUGCAUGACUUGAUGGCCCAUGUCCCCAUUAGCUGGAUCCAAACACACUUGACAAUUUAUGCUGACGAUUUCCAUAUUGGAGCCAAGUUUACCACGGCACAUGAUUUUGCUUGCUUUCACAAGACUUUGGGUAUCAUUUUUUGGACCUUGCGAUCUUUGGAGCUGCAAAUCAAUCCUGGCAAAUCAGUGGCUCUGUUGGAAUUGAAGGGCAGCCACAGUCAUGCUCUGCGCAAACAACUGGUGCAGCGAGACCGUGAUGGAGAAAAACUGCGAGUUGUUAUGCCUGAUGGUGAUGAGAUGCAAAUACCAAUAUGCAAAUCUGCCAAAUAUCUUGGGGUGCUGAUCAGCUACAGCAAUUUUGAAGAUGCCAGCCUCAAACAUCGACUGAGCUUGAUGAACACUGGAUUUCGACGGUUGCAGCGGUGGCUCACAGGAAGACAUUGCCUGACAAUCAAGCAGAGAUACAAACUUUGGCACUGUUGCGUUUAUCCCAUUUUGACAUAUGGAAUUUUUGCUACAGGCCUGACAACUGUUGGCAUUCAGAAAGCACAAACACAGAUCACUAUCAUGCUUCGAAAACUGCUUCAUGAUCACGCCUUUUACACCAGAAGGAACAACCAACAGGCUCUAGCUCUUCACAGAUUUCCCACCCCGCUGCACCUGCUGUAUGGCACUGCGGCUGGACUUCUGAGGACACAGGCAACACGAAGUGCAUUGUUUUCAGAUCAUGACCUGGCUCACACGAUCACAUGGAAUCAUCUACCUGAUCUGUUGUCUCGAUUGGAACAAAUGCAGGCCACUGCAUCCUUGGUGACGCCCAGGGACCUUGAGGUGCAGCAUGUCUACAACACACCAUUUUUCCAAUGUGCCCAGUGUGAUUUUUGCACAGAGAAUGUCAGCGUUUUUCGCAGACACUGCACGGUUGCCCAUGGAUUCCAGAUGUAUCGCACGCAGUUUGUUCAGCAGGCACAUUUCACAGCCAACGGACUUCCAACAUGUAAGCACUGCCACACCACAUUCUCGACAUGGCGCAUGUUCUCAGCUCAUAUUGAACGCGGUUGUCAGGUGCUGCUCACGGGACCUACGUCCUGCACAGCGAGUUCUUCAUCUAUUGGAGCUACACUAGGCACCCUGAACAUCAUGCAACCCAACAUGGCCGACUCAGCCACCAGAGGAUUGAGAAUGAUCACUGCGGAAGAGUUGCACAAUCUCAAAACGCAGGUGUUUGGUGAGAGACUGCUUCAAGUGGUACACGACCGCGAGUGGACGAAGGUGGCUGCAGAUAGUGAGAUUUGCCAAUAUUUGUCUUCACGAUGCAUUAUUUGCUCAUUUCACUUUUCGAGAUGCCAAGAACUUCAUCAACAUUUUCGUUUGCAACAUCCAGAGUUAUGGGAGUAUGCGCCUCAGAAAGCAGUGCAGCUCACCAACAUCUUUUCAGAUGAGAGCCCUUGUCAAUGUUGUGGAGCGCUCUUUAAGACGCAUUCAUGCCCCACCUGGUCUCAGAUUGCAGUCUUGUUGGUGAAUGGCGCUGGAGUGGAGGCAUCACAGGCGGAGCCCAUUCAUGAAGUACGUAGGAGGUGUGAAUUGUGUCUCCAGUGCUUUCAGUCAGCGGCAGAACUGGUCCAACACUUGCAGGCUGAACAUGGGCUACAAGGGCUUUCCUUUAAUGCCAGCAGGGACUCCAUCGAUGGAUCCUCAGCAUGCUCACAUUGCGGCCAGUUGUUCCUCACGGUUGGUGGGCUUAAAUCUCACAUAGUGCAAGGCAGAUGUGAGUACUUUAAUCCCCAGGCGUCUGCAGAAACGCUUGCGGUGGAUGCCCUUUGGAGACAGGCCUGUUUGGAUGGUAAAUUCUUUGAAGUGUUGCGGGUUCCAGCAGUGCGCAUGAGGUUGACGGUGGUUUGCCAGGCUUGUGGCAAGGGAUGUCAACGUGCGGCAGAUCUCUCGCUGCACCUUCAAUCUGCUCACUCCAGAUUGUGGAGGCAAUCACAGCGCUUGACGUUGAUUCUGGUUGAUGCCUACUAUCAAUAUCAAUGUUUUUGCAAUCCUACCACAGGAACCAAGAGGGGUCAUCACAUUUGCGUCCCGUUCAGGCAGCUGGCAAUGGCAUUUCACCGCAUGGGCACUGAACCCUUUGCACCGACGGUCAUCACAGACAGUCUGCUGAAGGACAUUUUUGCUGAGACCCUACCGCGGGCCCCCCAAUACAGGCUUGAGCAAGCUCUUGUGCACCGAGCUUUUGCCUCGGUCUGGCAGGACCCUGAGAUCCUGGCAUUGCUGCGCUCGCAUUGCCUGCUGUGUGGUGCACAGCCGGCGACAUCAGACCUGGCGCUGCAUCUCCGGGAGGAGCAUUCUUGUGGACAUGAAAUGUUUCUUUUCUACAUGGAACAGCUGCUGCCCACAGUUUUUCAACAGAAUGUAGAUGAUUUCCAGUGCAAUUUGUGCCAACUCAUUUACAAUUUGCCAGCAGCCUUGCGUCCUGAUGAACCUUUGGCUGCUCGAGCACAGCUUGCCCUUUCACAUCUGCGGGGCUCGUGCCCUGUUUUGAUACAGAUCGCUCAGCUCUUUGGGGCUCUUCUCAACGGAGGGAUUUUGCAGCAUGGAACUGUCAGACAUGGCAGCAUCGGCACAGAUGAGAGAAGUCUUCGACGCCCUGGCACCGAUGUUCCAGGACAAAACGCUCAAGCUAGCAGAGAAUCCCAGGAGCCCAAAGUGCGCCGCAAAGGCGCUCCAAACGAUCUCGACUUGGAGAUGGCCGACCCACCAGUGGCCGCAACACCCACACCGGCGAUGAGAAUGCUGACCACCAUGGCGCAGCUACUCAUACGUCACGAUCAAGAGUUGCACAGCCUGAGAAAAAUGGAUCAAUUCAUACUUUUUUUGAAUCCAGAUCCAACAGGAGCUCUUCACAUCCUCCUCCAGGAAUCGGUGCAGUGGAAACAGCAGAUGGAAACUGCAUCCAAAUCCCAGAUGAGGCCUCUGAGGCAGCAUCUGCUGCUGGCGCUGCUGGAAGUCAUGCGCACACGGGCGGGCAAGAUCGUGGAAAGCAAGGAGACAGACGAGCUUUACCAGACGUCUUUGGCCAAGGGGCUGAUCCUGAAGGACAAGAGCUUCCCAUUUCACAGAUGGGAUCCACAGACUCAGACGCUGGUGUUGGACAAGAAGCAGCCGGUGAGUGCCAAGAAGAUGGAGCAGCACCUGAACGAGCUGCUGGAAAUGAUGGUGGACAAGGACUUGAUCAUCCGAUUCCACGCCCUGAAAGCACCGGAUGCACAGAAGGAGCGCACAGUGCCGUGGAGAUUGCAGAUCAACCUCAGGAGCGAUCGGGCCUACGAGUUGCUGGCGCACCUUGCGCACAACGCCAUAUGGAUGGUGGUGGGAGCAACGAUGAAGCAACACACCCUUGCCCAGUCCCCCAUGGCCACGAUGCUUCAGAACCUGACGGGCCAGAACAAGGGCAAAGGACAGAGCAAAGGGCAUUUGCGUUUGACCAACAACCGCAACUGGUGCUUUGCCAAUAGCACGGUACACAGUUUGCUGUGGACGCUUUUGAGUCUGCAAGUUCCUUUGACAGACCUUUGGGGGGAGCACCAUGCAGAACUGAUCCAAUUUGUGCAGAAGCACGCCUACAAACCGGCGACGCUGAGUGAGACGGCUUGGUUUUUGCAAGUGGUGCAAGACUGGAUUGCUGAUGGGGAACAGCAAGACUGUGCAGAAUGUGCACAUCGUGUCUUGCGUUGGCUGCGCCCGGCAGCAUUUGACAUGCGUUGGGAAAGAAGGGUUGCGACAUCUGAAGGGCUGCAGUUACAUGAUAGCAACAGCAAUUUCAUGCCCAUCAUUUUGUACAUCCCUAGCCAUGCACAUCACACUGGUCAUUGCCAACUUGCAUCAUUGGUGUCUGCUUGGUCUCAGGAGCUUGCGAUGCAGACAGCACUCAUGGAUGCGCCGGUGUGUCUCUGCCUCCACAUUGACAGAGUGUACCAAGAUGCUGACAAUCAGGCUGUUAAAAGCAUGUGCCGCUUGGACAUUGACACAGAAAUCAUGAUGCCGGUUUUCCGACCCUCAGGCAUUGCUUGUAACACUGCAGGAUACAUUCCUGUGGCAUGCAUUGCACAUUUUGGACAGGAUCAAGCUGGACACUGCAAGGCACUGCUCAAGAUUCAACCCACAGUGGUGCCACCUGGCAACCCAGCUGCUUGGCUCAUGACCGAAGACGACCAAUAUCCAACUCCUCUCUGGCAAUUUCCUUCCUGGUUUGCAAGCAAUUUGACUGUCGUAUGGAUGAUCCGCACGGACUGCUUGCAGUUGCUGUCGUACAGCGUGAGAAGCGAUGGCACCACCACUGAAGCAGCCCCUGAUGACCAUUCCGAUCAGGCCGAAAGUUUCCGCACAGACGGAACCAACGACACAAUAUCGUUGAUGGCUGGCACAGACCUUUGGAGCAUAGCAGAAAAGGAGCUGCUAGGACGGGUUCCGACGUAG